AUGUAUCUGAUCGAGUCCCGGGAGGUUCACCUCGUGAUUGCCAACCACCAGCUGGUUUUGGCUCCUCUCGCAACAAGUACUCGGCGCCGCAAAAAGAGAUUGAGCGCGGAAGAGCGAGAAUGGAUUGUUCCAGAUGGCGAAGACAGCGAAGCCAGCAGCGGCCAUGAUGACGAGUGGUCCGAUGGGGAUUACAGUCCUGAGAAUGAUGAAUCCGAUGAUGCUGACGUUGAAGAGCAUCAAAAAGAAGACGAUAGUAGUGAUGAGGAAAGUGAAGAUGAGGAUGAAUGGGAAGAAGAAUGGGAAGAUCGCCGUCGAAAGAAAAAGAAGCAAAAGAAACGCAAACAGAACAAAGUCACUCGUCGUCGACAGCAGCAAGAAGAAGACGAGGAAGACGAGGAAGAAGACAGGACUACCGAUCACCGUCGACGUACAGAACCUUCUGAUGAUGACGACGAUGACGAUGACAAUGGAGACAAUCAAGAUUCUUCAUCCGAGGAAGAAGAAGAUACUUCUAUUGCCGCCACUACUCGCAGAUCGACUGUCACUCCCAAAAAGAAGAGAACUCCAAAUCGCAGCCGAAAGGUCACACCAGGAUCGUCUGCCAAGAAGAAACACAAUCUACCUUGUUAUCCUGUGAUUCAACUCUCUUCGGGUAGCGACAACGAUAGCAGCAGCGACUCGUCGUCCGUUGUAUAUCUAUGUACACAACCUGCCGCAACACCACAACGACAAGGAAAUCCACUCAAAAAGGAACAGCAGCAAGAUUCAGAUGAUGAUAGUGUGGAAGAGGAACCCGUCCAUCGUCGUCAAAGAUCGCCAGCAGCUCGCGCUUCUUUCUUGGGAAGACUCGGAGGAAGAGGGAAAGAGCAACAAUAA